AUGGAUCCAAGGUGGUUCGCACCGCCAAAUCGUCCGAUCCGACCUGUCGACUCCGGUGCUGCGGCUGCCAAUGGGGCGGCGAUGCUCACUCUUCUGCUGCCACCAGGCCCAGUCCGCAGUGCCGCCGGUGUCCCUGCAAUACUGUGGAUCGCUUACGAUCUACGCCGACAUACCACGGGGAAGAUCGAACAGGAUUACCUAAAUGCCAUCAACGUUUUCACGUGUUUGAUGAGAUACGUCGAUUUCUGCGUCGUGAAUGUGCCAGAGCGUGAGUUCCACCGUGUCCGCCCCGAUGGCGGCACCGAGCCAGAAAACCACGUCCGCAACAUGACGAUCCGGCAGAAAUUGCGAUGGGGUUUCGACUUGUUCAUGACAAUGAGAGGCGUCGGCUGGAACUGGAGGGUCAAAAACGUCGAGGAGGUGCCGGUGCACUUGACAAGAUGGCAAUACGUCUUCCAACGGCUCGUGAGUAUGGGAUAUUGCUACCUCCUGAUGGAUGUGCACGAGUAUUUGGUUGAACACUCACAAUUCCGCACGGGCGUUGUCGGCUUGGAUUUCUUCUCGAUCCCACUUGGUCGACAAGUGUUGCUUUCCUGGUCGGUGGCCGUGUACUCUGGCUGUUCCAUGGCUAUUGGAUACAACCUCGUCUCAGCCGUCAUGGUCGGUUCGGGCCUGUCGUCUCCUCAAUCAUGGCCUUUUCUGUUUGGCUCGUUUGCCCAGAAGGGAUAUACCCUAAGAAACAUCUGGGGAUCCUGCUGGCAUCAACUUCACCGGAGAUGGUUCGAAAGUGCCAACUCGCUCCUGCUGAGAAUGCUCAAGCUCACCAAGGGAUCGCUCAGUUCGCGUUAUCUGCAACUAUACAAUGCCUUUUUCUUGUCUGCUGUGAUGCACCACGUCGGAUCUCUCAACAACCCUUACUCACCUAUGGCGUGGAGCCAGGCGGCCUUCUUUCUGAUGCAGCCUGUAGCAAUCACAUGCGAAGAUCUGGCUAUCCACUUUGGCAGGAAGGCAGGGCUCCAGAAAACCCGGAAAACCAAAGCUCUAGGUUUUGCAUGGGUAGGCCUUGCUCUUAGUUACACGCUCCGAUAUGCAGCUGCAGCUUUUUACGCGGCUGGAUUAGGAACUGCAAGACAUCCACUGGUCGCCCGCAUCCAACUGACACGGCGAAUCUUUGGCCAAGUUUGA